UCCCUCACUCGCUAGAGUUCUAAUCAAACUCGAAUUUCAAAUUUCGAAUUCAAUAUCCUGUUUGUCGAUGAUAGCGAGGAAGAUGACGACCGCAGAUGAUCAUCCGCGAUCGCCGGAAACUUUGCCAGAGAUGGAGGCGGACGCGGUGAAGGACAUCGCGAGGAAGAUUCUGGAGGAGGCGGAGACUGAGAGCAAUGGAUCAUCGGAAGCAGAGACGGAAUCUCCAAGAUCCGUCGGACGGUGGGGAUUUUCCAAGGAGAAGGUACACAGUCAGGUGCUGAGGAUUAGAGAGGAGGAACUGUGCGUGAUCGUCGAGGAUAAAGCGACAAAUUAUUGCAGCGAUCCAGAGGAUCGUCGAUAUAUUCAUCCCCGUCGUUUGAAUUUGUUCCUCGUUUCGAGGCCGAUCUUGCCUUGUUCGCCUCUCAGCGGCAAGGUUAGCUCCCUCGAGGCUGUGCAGUGAUUUCCAGAAGCUCGACUUGAUCCAUCGGCUGAGUUUGCGCAGGUGAUGAGAUUGCUCAACUGUUCCGGAGCAUGAAAGAGGAUGGUUCAGUGGAGGACUUAUCCGUGGAAUUUCUAUCUGUUUCUCGCUUUCCCUCUGUUUUCAGGUGAACUCCCCAAAAAUCCAUAAACAGAAAAAGGCUCCUUCACUUUGUAUAAACCGUGACGGAUGUGUAUAUAUUAAUAGUCCGUACACGGAACUUGCAUGAAAGUAUCCUCGAGAGAAUUUCCCUGCCGCAUUAUCUCCCCA